GAAGCCGUUACAUAGGGAUGAAGCUAUAAAUACUACUAUAAUACUCGUACCAGAUCUUACAACGAGGACAAACUUUUGAAAUAUUGUUUAUAUUACAUUAGGUGACCACUUUUUGAGCCGUAUGAUUAUAUAUAGCCAGUUGCUGCCGUAAAACAUGGAUUCAAAAGGCAAAAAGUCUUUCGACAAGAGAGCAUACUUCAAACAAAAGUACAAGAAAAAUUAUGGCAGCCAACAGGAAGGUCAUGGUCGUGCUCUUUUGCAGAAGAAGGCCUUUGUACGACAGUAUUACAAGGAGAAAAAAUGGCAAGAAAGAAAAGAACAGAAAAGAUUAAUGCAAGAUGAAACCUUGGAAAAUGAAAGGGAAAGGGUUCCAGGCCCUACCAUGGAGAAAAAAAUAAAGAAAGAACCAGAAGAGGAAACUGCAAUUAAAAAAGAACCAGAAGAGGAAAACUGCUUUAUUUCAGUAAGAGCCAAAAUGUCUGAUGUAGGCCGUUGGAAGAAAUCUUCUAUGUUUAGGGUGUGCUCUAUAGAUGAAUGCAAGUCCUGUUCAUUGUUUUUGAUGUCAUUAGGGACCAUCAACUACAGCAUUAUCAAAAGAUCAUCUGUAGUAUCUGUAAAAAUAAUGGGAAAAAAUUUUUCCUAUUAUCCUUUUUUAAACCAAGUAGAUCAUAAAUCACCAGCCAGUAUUUGUUACAGGAAACAAAAAAUAUCAAGCUUGAAACGAGCAAGAUUGCAGUACCAUCAGAAAGUUUUGGAAAAAAAGAAGAAAAAGGAAGCUGCAAUUCAAAAAAGGAAAGAAAUAGCAAUGGCCAAGAUUAAGCGGAAGGAAGAACGGUUAAAGCGUUUCAAGAAACUGAAUCAGAAGACCAAAAAAGGACAGCCAGUAAUGAGAGGACGAAUAGAAUUGAUGCUGGAA